AUGGGCGGAUGGAAGGGGCCGGGGCAGCGCCGGGGAAGGGAAGGGCCGGAGGAGCGGCGGCGGGCGGCCGAGAGGGGCGGCGGCGGCGGCGGGAUUCCCGCGCUGCUGAGCCCGGUCCGAGAGCCCUUUCCACCUUCCUGCCUCCUGCUCCCGCCGCCCCGGGGCGCCGCCAUGACGCCCGAUCUGCUCAACUUCAAGAAGGGAUGGAUGUCAAUCUUGGACAAGCCUGGAGAGCCCCCCCUCCCCUCGCUCACUGCCACCUCUCCUUCACAGUGGAAGAAGCAUUGGUUUGUGCUGACAGAUUCAAGCCUUAAGUACUACAGGGACUCCACCGCCGAGGAGGCCGACGAGCUGGAUGGCGAGAUCGACCUGCGUUCCUGUACGGACGUCACCGAGUAUGCGGUGCAGCGAAACUACGGCUUCCAGAUCCAUACCAAGGAUGCUAUCUACACCUUGUCGGCCAUGACCUCGGGUAUCCGGCGAAACUGGAUCGAGGCUCUGAGGAAGACCGUGCGACCCACCUCUGCCCCGGAUGUCACCAAGCUCUCGGACUGCAACAAGGAGAACACACUGCACGGCUGCAGCACCCAGAAGGGCUCCCUGAAGGCCGGGGAGCAGCGGGGGGGCUCGGAGGUCAUCGGUCGGGGCAGCCCGAGGAAGGCGGAUGGGCAGCGGCCGUCCCUGGACUACGUGGAGCUCUCCCCGCUGACGCAGGGCUCCCCGCAGCGGGUCCGCGGCCCGGCCCGCACCCUCGACCGCCCGGCCAAGCAGGAGGAGCUCGAGCGGGACCUGGCCCAGCGCUCCGAGGAGCGACGCAGGUGGUUUGAGGCCACGGACAGCCGGCCCCCGGAGACUGCGGCUGGCGAGGGGCCGCGCCGGGGCCUGGGUGCCCCGCUGACGGAGGACCAGCAGAGCCGGCUCAGUGAGGAGAUUGAGAAGAAGUGGCAGGAGCUGGAGAAGCUGCCCCUGCGGGAGAAUAAGCGGGUGCCUCUCACCGCCCUGCUCAACCAAAGCCGCGGGGAGCGCCGGGGGCCUCCGGGUGACAGCCACGAGGCCCUGGAGAAGGAGGUCCAGUCUCUUCGUGCUCAGCUGGAGGCAUGGCGUCUUCAGGGAGAGGCUCCUCAGGGUGCACCCAGGUCCCAGGAGGACAGCCACGUCCCCCCGGGCUACAUCUCGCAGGAAGCGUGCGAGCGCAGCCUGGCCGAGAUGGAGUCCUCACACCAGCAGGUGAUGGAGGGGUUGCAGAGGCACCACGAGCGCGAGCUGCAGCGGCUGCAGCAGGAGAAGGAGUGGCUCCUGGCCGAGGAGACGGCGGCCACGGCCUCAGCCAUCGAAGCCAUGAAGAAGGCCUACCAGGAGGAGCUGAGCCGGGAACUGAGCAAGACACGGAGUCUCCCACAGGGCCCUGAUGGCCUUCGCAAGCAGCACCAGUCAGACGUGGCGGCGCUGAAGCGGGAGCUGCAGGUGCUGUCCGAGCAGUACUCGCAGAAGUGCCUGGAGAUCGGCUCCCUGACGCGGCAGGCCGAGGAGCGGGAACACACGCUGCGGCGCUGCCAGCAGGAGGGCCAGGAGCUGCUGCGCCACAACCAGGAGCUGCACACCCGCCUGUCAGAGGAGAUCGACCGGCUGCGUGGCUUCAUUGCCUCGCAGGGCAUGGGUGACGGCUGUGGGCGCGGCAGCCAGCGGAGCUCCUGUGAGCUGGAGGUGUUGCUUCGAGUGAAGGAGAAUGAGCUCCAGUACCUGAAGAAGGAGGUGCAGUGUCUCCGGGAUGAGCUGCAGAUGCUGCAGAAGGACAAGCGAUUCACCUCGGGGAAGUAUCAGGAUGUGUAUGUGGAGCUGAACCACAUCAAGACCCGGUCAGAGCAGGAGAUCGAGCAGCUGAAGGAGCACCUGCGUCUCGCCGUGGCUGCCCUGCAGGAGAAGGAAGCCAUGCGCAACAGCCUGGCUGAGUAGAGGUCCUGGUGGCCCAGCCCCGCGGCAGACUGUCCCCCGGCCUGAGGGGGCCAGUCAGUCGCCCUCCUUCCUGCUGGAUGGAAGUCAGAAGCCAAGCUUUCUCCCCACCCUCUGUGGGCCGCACGUGCACUCAUACCCACCACACACAGACACACACACACGCACGCACACACACACAUGCACACACACACGUAUGCACACACACACACUCUGCGUAUCUGAGCGCGCCCCUCGCACUGGGUCUUACCUUGCACCUUCUUCAGGAUUUUAUAUGUGAAGAGAUUUUUAUAUAGAUUUUCUCCCCCCCCUUUUUUUUUUUCCCAAAAACACUUUAUACUUUGAAGAAAGCAAUUCCUGGUGGCCAUGUGCCUCCAUCACGGGCUCCCCCUCUGGCCCUAGCCCCCUGCUCGGGCUUCUGGGCCCGUGGCCCUGCCCCAGGGGUCUAGCAGAGGCCCAGCAGCGGCCGGGGCAGGGUGGACUCUGGUGGGAGAGGCGGGGAGCCAGCCACCCUCUUCCUUCCCUACCUCCCACUAACUACUUCCUGCCCUGAGGCGACCACACCUUGGGACUCUGGACAGAGGGACAGACGGACAGAGGGAGCCGGCAGCUGUCCCUAAGGCCUCACCUCCUCCUCCUCCGAGGGGGUGCUGGACGUGGAAACGCUGGAGCCGCGCCAUGAAGGCUCCUCUCCUGCUCCAUGAGCCUUCUUAACUUAAUAAAAUGUUCCCGCAG